AAAUGCUUACAACAUCUCGCAAAUAUACCUCUAUACCUGUUCUAAUUAAACCAACUACCUUAGUUCAUAGUAUGUGUAAUUUACAUAUAGAUAAGUAUUAUUCAAAAAUAUAUUACCAUAGGAAGAAGCUAAAUAUCUUAGAAAAAUCUGCCUUAUAUGAUCCAGAUGAUCUAAUUAAAUUUUGA